GUUAGGCGUCCAUCGUCUCUGAGGACCCCCCCCCCUUUCCCUUCCUCUUCUUCGCAAUGCCUCCAAGCGUAGCAUCUGCCAUUGCGAGGCCAUACAUUGCCAUGGCAAGCAGGCAAUCGUCAGGCUCAUUCUGCCUCUGCAAGUACCUGUCGCGGCGUGGAUCCUGUGUAUUCGCUGCCUCUCUUCGUGUUCUAUCUAUCGACCCCCAAAUCGCUGCAAACUGAUCUGGUUCCAUCGCGCUAUGUGCAAACCUCUUCGUUGUUUGCGUGUUGAUAUAUGAGGUGCACGCUUUGGGAAACUGGAAUGAGCUCUGGUGCAGCUGUGGACGGGAUUUGUAGCGUUUCGUUUGCGAUUUGUAGGGAUUCUGGCCCGCGGUGGGCUUUUGAGCGGCGUCAGUGCGAGUGUCGUGCAGAAAUUGGAAGAUGUGGACUUGCCAGGGGAUUGUUUUGAGGUUUUUGUCGAUCCGCUGCAGUGGCGCGGCGCCUGUAGGAUGUUGGUGGUAGCGUAUUAAGAUAGUGAUUGCAGAUCGGCUUUGUGGCACUUAACUGAUUGCAGAUUGAAAGGAUUGUCGUUCGUCUGAAAAACCCAAGCUAUACCUCAUGGAAUUGUCAUUAGUAUCAAAGGCCAAAUCAGGUAUGCAAUCGUUCAUUGCACAUUGGACGAAAUUUUUGAUUGCACGCGGUUUGCGUUCCUUUAUAGUGGCGCAUUAUUAGCUUAGGUUAGUGCUACAUUCGGAACCGGUGUGCACCUGUCAGCUGUUAAAUGUUUGGAUUCUUACGUGAACACGAAGGAUAGCCUUAUCAAUCUCGGUUGCCUUGAAUCAUUGGUAGUUAAAAACUUGUCCUUUCGAUAAUAUGUUCAGUAUUCGAGAUGACUCGGGGCUGAUUGGUAGCGUAUUCAGCCGCUCGGGGAACUUGUAGUUUACUCCAGAUGACUAACAAGAUCGUGUAGUUCGUUUACUCUGGAAACUGAUUGGAUCUUGUCAGAAUCGAGAUUUAGAAUUCUCUUUUAUCUUUGCCCUUAUCGGUUUGGUACAGAUAGUGUGCAUGGUGCAAUUUAAACCAGCUUUGCAGAAUGUAGCUGCAAAAGCAGAACGAGUUCUCACCGAAAUCAAGGCUGAUAUUAAAGCAGAUUUUGGUGGGCCUCCUACUCCGGAUGCCGUUACCCGGUCCAAUGGGAAAUACAUUCACGAGACUGAGUUCAGAACAGAGUACACUUGGAGUGCCAAGAAUGAUAAUGAGAAACGGCACGAAGCUGAGUUCAAGAGACGAAUUCUGGGCCUGUCUAAGAAACCGGAAGAAUUUCUGGAGGGGUCUGAUGGCGAGCAUGAAUCUGUCGAUAUGCACAGUGCGAUGAUGUCUGUUAGAGAUACCUUGGAGGUUGACGAAGCGUUGAAAGAUUUAUGGUUCGAAUACGUACCGAAGAAAAUGAAGGAACAUGAGUUUUGGCGCCGGUAUUUUAUUGCCGUGAAACGUUUACGGCAGGAGGUUAUUGACUCGGAUUGUGAAACUUCUAUUGGCAGAAGUUGGGCGAGCAGUGAACGCAGAUUGACUAUUGGUGGUAUCCUUAAUGAGAGCCUAAGGAAGGAUCCAAUCGAGGAGGAAGCCUACAAAGAAGCACUUUCUGUCGUCUCUGUUCCUCCGUCCAUGAUUGUACGACGCCUUGCAGCUGCCAUCGAAAUCGGUAGAUCGGUAAAGAGCAUGCAAGAGUUUGCGUCUCAGGGUGGUCGUCUUCUAGAUGUUUUAUCCAGUACUGGUGAUUGGUCUGGCAUAGUCUCGAGCUUUGCUGCUAUGAAACGGUUGAGUGGUGGUCGUGGCAAAGACAACAGAUUAAAGUUCUCAAAGACUUACAGUGUUGGAGAUUAUCAGAACUUGCUGAAGUCACUUUUUGAUGCAGGUUCUCAGCAUGAAGAUCAGGAAGUCAAGAAAUCGUCAGUUGUAGUCAAUUCAAAGCUUCCAGAAGAGAUCCAUGGAGCUCCUCCAGAUAGUUUUGUGGCACAGCUUGCUGAUUGCAUGGCUGGAAUAAAAACUGUUCAAGGCAUGGGUGAAUUCUGGGUCCAAGUGAUAGAUGAGCUUCGGCGCCGAUGGAAGGAAGGGCUACCAAUAUCGCGCAUGCCCAUUGACGAAAUUCCUGAUCUGCGCUACUGUCUGCUUCACCAACAAUUACAGUUGAUUAAUUGUUGUAUUGCGAGGCGCAAGAAGCGCGUUGCAGAUCUAGAGUCUCUUGAGAUCUUAAGUUCAUAUGUAGCUCACGAAGAGAGUUCUUCUUCACAGAACGCCGACAACCAUGUAGCACUUCUUGAAAGGCCUAACAAGAAUACUCCGGUGCUACUCUAUGCUAAGCUAAAAACUGGUGAAAAGGUUCUCAGAAUUGGAGCGGACCGUCCGGCAGCUGACCUUCUAAUGUUGGAGACCGGGGAGCCAGUGUACUCGCCUAUUACUCAAGAUAACCCUAUAAUGACUGAGGAUGCUAUAAGAGAAACCGAGGAACUUAUUCUUCGCACUAGAAGUGUUGGAGCUGGCUGUUCACAGCUUCUAUCUGAUAUGCAAGCCUUUAAGGCUGCCAAUCCCGGAUGCAUAUUGGAGGACUUUGUGCGGUGGUACUCUCCUUUGGAUUGGAGGGAGGAACCGGGAUCUGGUCUCAUGUUUCAAGGAAGUUCGGAGAAUGCCGGGGAGAAUGGGGCUGUUCGAGGGUAUCUUAGCGCACGCAUGCAAUGUCAAGGAAACUUGUGGCAAGAGCUAUGGGCGUCUUCACGACCAGUACCGGCACUCAAGCAAUCCCCACUAUUUGAUGAGGAGCUUGCUGGUGAAAGCACUCUCGAUGUACUUGAAGCUGUAGCUCCAUCAGAUCUUUUCGAGCAACUCUUUCUAACUGCGCUUGGUACAGGCUUUGCGAUUGCUGAGGCCGCUUCUGUGACCAAAACAGAAGCGCUUACAAGAUGUUUAAAGGAGUGCACUGAGCAUGUGGUGGCUACGUGUGGACGGGGAAUGAGCUCUUCCAAACUUGAACGUCUAUGCGGGAUCUAUGAAGCUAUGGAGUCCGCUGUUCACUCACCACCAAGCGAUGACGACGUGGAGGCAGAGGCAGUGACUUCUGGGCUAACGGAUGCUGCAGCUGUUGAUCGUGAUGAUAAUUACGAUUUACCAGACCCUAUCCCCUUGGAAGCUGAGAAAGUCACACUGCGGAGGUCAAUAGACCAUCAACAGACCCAACAUCAUGUCAAAGGUGAUUUUGGACAAUUGUUCUCAAGGAUUUUUGAAGUAAAAUCUUCCUUCUUUGAGAAGAAACAUUUGAGGCCUUUUAACGCUGACGAAGAGAGGAGGCCAGCACCGACUGUUUCAGGGGAGUGGACCUUAGUUUAGUGAUAUGUUUCUAUUUACCUACAUACACGGACUCAACACAACUCUCUAUCAACGGUUGUGACUUGGAGCCACUGAUUUUUGGGGAGUUGAUAUCUCGAGCAAGAGAUAAGUGAGGAGCGCAUGUGGUUUCUGGCUUUUGUAGUCUCCAACCAGGUCUGCAUAGAAUAUUGACAGGAAGUUACUGAACGCUACACGGAAUCUGAACAAGCGGCUCGAAACCUAGGCCACUUAGGGGAGGCUUUGUUUCUCAUGUCCUGCGGGAAUCAUCCUUGACGUUGCAAGUGUAAAUAAUCUGGAUGUGCAUUGUGUAAUGUAAAGUCAAAGCCCAUAUGCGUGAGAAUCAAAAGUAAACAAAACUGUUUCAUCGUGAA